UGCGUCUGUAGUCCCAGCUGCUCAAAAGAAUAUGGUGGGAGGAUCCCUUGAGCCCUUGCAGUGAGCUAUGAUUAUGCCACUGGGCGACAGAGGUCUCAAAAGUUUAACCCAAGUUAGAAAAUCAGUUUACAUGUGUAAUACACCAAAGAAAUAACUGCUUGUUCUGUCAUAUUUAAAUAUUCAUAGUCUAGAAUGCUAAGUUUAGUGUUCCAAUCCAUUAUUCUGUAAAUGGAGGCUCAAAGAGGCCACUUGGUUAGGUUUCCUGGGCCUUUGCCCAUUCUCCCCUAGUUAUGCUCUCAGGUGUGACUCUUGUAUAUUCUUAAUUCAUGCUCUGCCAUAAGAUGGAUUCAAACUUUGUGCCUCCACCUCUAAUGUUUAGUUUUACGAAUUACUCCUUUUAUCAGCUUUAUAUUCAAGCCAGUAUAUUUACUGACUACGGUGUUUUGAGUUAAAUUCUUUCAUAAAUAAUUGAAUAGCCGGAGAAAUUUUGCAGUAUCACAGUCAUGUUUUGAAAAGAUUGCUCUUGGUUCUUGUCUCUAAUCUUUGAGAAAGCACACAGGAUAUAGUGUGUUAGCUUUCAGAUCACUAAUAAGACCAGAUUUCUGUGGCCCCGUUUGUCGGUUUAAGGGAUCCUGUAGGGCCCACACGAGAUAUUUCACCAGCUGCACUAUCUUUAAAUUCCAACAUACACGGGUGGUCCUGCCCUGGAUAAAACUCAGGAAGCAAAAACAACCUUCGGGAGAGGUGAGGUAGGAAGUCAUAGCAUUGCCGACGGUCCAGAGCAAAUCGCUCCCGGGCUAGAUCCCGCCUGCACCACAGCCGGGACAGGUUGAGGUUUCAACCCCUCUCUGGCAAACUCAGGCGCAGCCAGGCGCCCGCCCAGAGAUUUCCGGGGCACGCCCCGGAAGUGCUGAGAGGGACUUCCUCCCUGCGGCGAGGCCUCGGAGGUGGUUGCUGCUCACAGGCAGAGAAACGCUGGUAUGCAUUUGGGUGCCGCUUAGAAGUGUUCCUGAAGACUUCAAUUACAGGAAAAGCCGCUUGACUGCAUCUUUAGAAGAGUUGGUUUCGCUGGUUCCAAGGAUUCUGUUAAUGAGAAAACUCCACAGGCCAGCAUUCUGUAAGCUGGCUCCAGCAGUCCAGUUGACAGUGACUGAGACCAGUUCCUGAUCAUCCUAUCUGAGGAACACCAGGUGCCUGACCUCGGAAAAUUUAUUUGCUUCUCAGUUUUUAUAUAUAUGCGAGGAGGACUUGAAUGUCUGCCCUGUAGGAUUAAAUGAGAUAAAAAGCAUAAAAUGCCUUCUUGGGAGUAAGCGAUCCUUUCUUCACACGGUCCCUUCUGGCCAGCUCACAAACCACUGAGAGGGAAGCCUCCAGGAUCCUAGAGUAGAUGACCAGAUGCCCAGGCGCGGGAUCUGUGGAAGGGAAAGUCAAGCUUUCUAGGCCAACAGCUGUCCUCAGUCAGAUAGUCUAAUCGCAGUUUUUCAGGUUGGAGUGCAGUGGCGUGAUCACAGCUCACUGCAGCCUCAAUCUUCCCAGACUCAAGUGAUCCUUCUGCCUUUGCCUCCCAAGUAGCUGAGAUGAUAGGCGUGUGCCAUGAAGGUAUAUUUAAAUAGCUGUUUGAGUCAGAUAUUCAUUCCAGCAGUUCUUUGAUGUUAUUGAGACAUGAUACAGGCUGAAUGAAAACAUUUUAUGUGAGUACCAUAUGAUUGGCGUGUCCUGGGAUUACUGAACGUGUUUGAGAGCUCUAGUCUGUAUCAUAUUAUAUUGCUUUAGCAACAGGGAAUAAAGCACAUUUCAAAGGUCUGUUUAUUAUUUUAGGAUUCAAGGCCAGAGGUGUGAACAAGGUGUCAACUCUGAAGGGCUGAAGGGAAGGUUUUUCUAAGGAUGGACCCACACCAGAAGGUCCCUUGCAUAUAUAAUGGGGAUACUUUACAGACUCCUGAGUAUGAAAAAGUCUCUCAGUAUGAGGACCAGUUAGAAAGGCAUGAGGGUAGGCGCAUGGAAGAAAGACGGUAUAAAUGCAAUGAAUGUGGAAAGAAGUUUGCCCAGAGCUCAGGCCUUGUUCGACAUCAGAGAAUCCACACUGGAGAGAAACCCUAUGAGUGUGAUCACUGUGGAAAAGCCUUUAGCGUGCGCUCAACCCUUACUGUGCAUGAAAGAAUCCACACUGGUGAGAAGCCUUAUACUUGUAAUGAGUGUAAGAAAGCCUUCAGUGUAAGGGCACACCUGAUUAUACAUCAGAGAAUCCACAAUGGAGAGAAACCCUAUGAAUGUAAUGAGUGUGGCAAAGCAUUUAGUGUGAGCUCAGACCUUAUCAAACACCAGAGAAUCCAUACUGGUGAGAAACCUUAUGAGUGUGAUGAGUGUGGAAAAGCUUUCAGUGUGAGCUCAGCCCUCAUCAAGCAUCAGAGAAUCCAUACAGGAGAAAAGCCGUAUGAGUGUAAGGAAUGUGGGAAGGCCUUCUAUGUGAACUCAGCGCUUAUUAAUCACCAGAGGAUUCACUCUGGAGAAAAGCCCUAUGAGUGUGGAGAGUGUGGAAAAGCGUUCAGCCAGAUCUCAACCCUUAUUCAUCACCAGAGAAUCCAUACUGGAGAGAAACCAUAUGAGUGUGAAGAGUGUGGGAAAGCUUUCCGUGGGAGUUCUAAUCUUACUAAACACCAGAAAAUACAUGCCAAAGGAAAGUGUCAUCAGUGAUUUAUGUGGCAAAUAUAUUCCAAAGGGCUUUUGUUACAUCAGAAGAUACCAUCGAAAGAAGAGUAUGGUUAAAGUUAAUCCCUUAAUUGACACUUCAUCCUUGAAAUACUGAAGUGAGAAAUCACUGAAAAGUAACUCCAUCAGCAUUGUUUCUAAGGCUCUAAAAUCACAUCUACUUCUGAGAAUGUAAUUUUGCAACUCAUAAGGUAAAGCCAUUUAAAAACCAUAUAGUAUAUAAUGUAGUUUAUGUUGGCUUAGAGCAAACUAGCAAUUCAAACAUUUUCCUCUUAUGAGCAAGCCUUUUGUCGUUUUGUUGCUGUUGAUGUUAUAGAUAAAACAUUAGAUUUUGACAUGGGAAGCAAUUGGUGAGAGAGAAAGGACAUAUCCUUAGUUGAAUCUGGAAAAUACCAACCCAUUUAUCUUUCUUUGCCUUUGAUGUACCACUGUGCUCUUAGGAUGAUUAGAUGUGUUUGUGACUUCUUGGCAGAAGGUAGAGCAUCUUUUUAGGUAGGAAACCCAACAGAUAAUUUUUCAGGGUGAUUCUUGCAUAGUCAAAAAGCCUUAAACCUUUUUUGACUUACUGACUCAAUAAGCUUUUGAGUUUGACUGAGGUUCCUCAACCAACGCAAACAAAACAAAGACGAAAACUUCCCAAGGAGAUUUAAGUGUUUCUGACUUCUGACUCUUGCUCAUAGCUGAUCAUAGCUCACUGCUGUGUGUGGUGUCGUAUAUGCAAAGGCUCAGAGGUAUAAUAAUGGGACAUUUGGGGAAUUUUCGAGGUCGGUGUUGGUUUUAGGAUGACUGUGAAGCUUGAUACCUAGUGUCAACCAAGAGUACUCAGAUUUGAGAGGUGAGUUUGAUUUUGAAAAUGUUUUUGCUUUGUCUAUGGGAAUCCCACUAAAGCUGUCCACCAGACCAUAAUCUCACUUCCUUACCCUAAUCUCCAAAGCCUGUAUUUGCACAUGUGAAACUCAGGAGAGAAAUCUGGACUUUAAAAUUACUUUGUUACUAUUUUUCUUUCUUUCUUUUUUUUUCCUUUUGAAGCAGGAUCUUGCUCUAUCACCCAGACUGGAGUACAGUAGUGUGAUCCCACCUCACUGCCGCUUCCGCUUCCUGGGCUCAAGUGAUCCUCCCAUCUCAACCUCCCAAAUAGCUGAUUCUACAGAACGGAGGUUAACAGACAGAGUCAUCUGGGUGGAGGACACCCUUUUGGGAUCAGCACUGAAUGUGAUGCCAUAUCCCACUCCAAACCAGCACAACUAUAAAUACUAAGCAGUGAGUGGUAUUCUGAAGACUUUGAAGGAGAAGGAGGAGCUAUUUCUGAAAAUAAAUUUCUUUUGUUGAAGAAUUUAA